AUGAGUACUUUGGAUGUUGCGAGAGCUGAGCUUGCACUAGCUGUUUUGUAUCUGAACAAAGCCGAGGCUCGGGACAAGAUAUGCAGGGCCAUACAAUACGGUUCGAAAUUUGUGAGUAAUGGAGAGCCCGGGACAGCACAGAAUGUCGACAAAUCAACUAGCUUGGCUAGAAAAGUCUUUCGUUUGUUUAAGUUUGUUAAUGAUCUCCAUGGGCUUAUUAGUCCGACUGCUCCCGGAACUCCCCUUCCUCUAAUUUUGCUUGGGAAGUCCAAGAAUGCCCUUCUGUCCACUUUCUUGUUCCUGGAUCAAAUUGUGUGGCUGGGAAGAACAGGCAUAUACAAGAACAAAGAACGUACGGAGCUGAUUGGAAGGAUAUCUCUUUUUUGUUGGCUGGGUUCUUCUGUUUGCACCACAUUAGUUGAGAUUAGCGAAAUCGGGAGGCUGUAUGGGUCAAUGAAGAAGUUAGAGAAGGAACUCAAGAAUUCUGACAAACUUAAGGAUGAGCAAUACCGAAGUAAGGUUCAGAAGUCGAACGAACGAUCUAUAGCGCUCGUUAAAGCAGCCUUAGAUAUAGUUGUUGCUGUUGGCUUGCUACAACUUGCACCUAAGAAAAUCACUCCUCGUGUAACGGGUGCUUUCGGGUUCACGAGCUCUCUCAUCUCCUGCUAUCAAUUGCUCCCGGCACAACCAAAAACCAAGACAACCUGA